AUGGCUUCUCUCAACUCUCUGUCUACCCUUCCCUCUUACAGCCGUAUGGCGUCCUCUUAUCCCGAGAAGAAAAUGUCGGAGGAACCCGCCACCGACCACGCCAUUACUAUCGAUGACCUCGUGGAUCUCUCGAUCGAAGUAUUAAUCGACAUCAUCCGCGGAGUUGAAAAGUCCGCAGAUUAUGACCUUGUUGAGGCCGCACUGGUCAAGAGGGAGGAGGUGUUGAAGGCUGCGCUUGUAACGACCGACGCAGAACUGAGGCAGGCGAAGGUGGAGAUGAUGGCCGCCAAGUUCAUUUUCGAGGCAAAGAAGGAUGAGCUGGAGGAAGAGGUGCAGGAGAGGCGACGGCUGAAAAGGGAUUUGAAAAUAGAGCAGAGAAAAAAUGAUGUGCUCCGUCGCCAGUUGGAUGUCACAGAAAAGGAAUUAAAGGCAGAAAUCGCCAAGCGCCGUGAACGGGAAAAGUCAGAGUCUUUUUCGUGGCAUGACCUGGAACGCAGGCUCGACGUUGUGGAGGAAAGGCAAGAGUUUUUGCUCCGUCGCAGUCGUCACCCGUCCAGCCAGAAUGAAGACAGGGACGGAGUAACUUGA